GGCCAAAAACAUUAAAAUACGGAAAAGGAAAACACAGCUCUGAUCUCUGCUGUCCAACCCCAAACACGAGUUAAAUUCGAAGGGAUACGAGCGCGUCGAGCCGAUCCAAGGUCCGAGGAAAGAGACAAGGGUGGGGAGAGAGAAUUUCCUUGAUCAUUCGUCAUACUACUCCUAAACAACGAUCGUGGGCAUCAAGAGCGAGUUUUGUAACACUUGUUCAUAGUUUUUUGCUUAGUUCCAAUGAGGGUUUCUGAUUCUGCUCUUCCAUGGCAGUUUCAGGGUAAUCCCUUUCUGGGUUUUGCUGGGCUUUUGGAAUCCUUUGGUGAGUCAGAGGAUUUUUCAAGUUUGGAGUGAUGUUAGAUUUUAGGGAAGGAAGGGGCGGGCUAGGGUUUUGGCUCUUUAUGUGGAGAGUAGGGAUUGUAGCGAGAGGUUUUUACUUUUAGAGAUUAGUAUUCGGACUAGGUUAGUGUUAGAGUUAGGGUUUCGUGGAGUGGGAAGGGUAGAUGGAAGGAACAGAGAUUGAGGAAGGAGAGGCUUGCUAUUACAAGGAGGAUGAUGACGGCACUAGCAUUGACCCUGACAACGAUUUCUCUUACAUUGAUGUAAAGAUUAAAGAUGUCCUGGGUCAUUUUCAAAAAGAUUUUGAAGGCGGGGUUUCUGCAGAGAAUUUGGGGGCAAAAUUUGGUGGAUAUGGGUCAUUUUUGCCGACCUAUCAGCGGUCUCCUCCCAUAUGGUCUCAUCCAAAAUCCCCAGAGAGAUUUCAGAAUCACAGUGAGCCAAAAUCUCUUGACAAUCUGCCCAUGGAAGGUGCUUCCCAGAAUCGUACAGCUCCCUCAAGUGCACCUGUAUCUGUGAGUCAUAGACCUGCUUUGUGCAAUGUCAAUUUAUUGCAUGCUUCAAGGUUCCCAUCUGGGGAUGUUGUAGUCAAACAAGAACAAUGCUUGCCACCAAAUCAUGUUGUGGAGCAGCUUCCCAUGGAACAGGCAACUUCACAGAGAUCAGUUCCAACUGACCAUAGGACACUGAAGGUUCGUAUUAAAGUGGGUUCUGAUAGCAUUUCUCAAAAAAAUGCUGCGAUCUAUAGUGGUCUUGGGCUUGAUAAUUCUCCAUCUUCCUCUCUGGGGAAGAGCCCUGAGGAAAGUGGAGGGGAAUUUCAGGAGACUGCAAAUGAAUCUCUGACCAGCAUUCUUCAGAUCAUGACUACAAUUCCAGUGCCUGGGGGAGUACUAUUGUCACCUCUUGAUGACAGCUUGCUUUGCUUGUCAAAAAAAGAAAUGCUUCUGAGAAAAAGUAAACCUGCAGCUGACCUCAAGGGUUGUCAAGAACAUAUUGCCUUGUCAGUUGAUGGGUCUGAUUCCAUGCGAGGGGAUGGUAAGGUGCUAAAAGAGAGAAGAGUGAAGUUAGUGGGGAAAAGUAAAAAGCUGUUAGAAUUGAAGCAUGGGAAGGGUAUAAAAAUGGACAGUGAAAUGAGGUCCUUCUUGAAGGGAAAAAUAGAUAAUGAAACUCCAGAUGGCAAGGAACUCCUUACUGAUGGGAAACAAAAGCCUUUGUCCAAGUCAACAUGUGAUUUUGCUGACUUGGCAAAAGGUACUGGUAGCGGAGUUGGGGCUUCUAAGAAUCCCAAUAAGGAUGGGGAGAAGUGCAGAUCAAUAUUGUCUAACUUAGCAAAUGAGGAGUACUUGGAGUCAAUAUCUGGUCAAGACAGUGACAACAGUGAAAAGCAAAAGGCUAAUAGUAGUUCAGUGGGAAAUAUCAGAGAAUGCAGAGUAGCAAAUUCCUAUAAGGACGGCUAUGUUGAUGUCGGGGAAGGUGAUGGGGCUAAAAAAGAUGAAAAAGUUUCUGCUCAAUUUAAAGAUAUUUCAGAUGUGUCUCAAUUCAAGGAAGGUCAUAAUGUUGGGCCAGUAGAUUGUUCAAAGAAGAAGGUUGUUCAGAAAAUUGCAUCCAUUAGACAGAACGAAGUUAAAGUGCUUUGCAGGACAGAAAAGUCAUUGUAUGAGGGCAAAAGAAAGUCCAAGGGAAAUCAAGGCAAUGGUAGGCCAGCUGCUGAUCUAGAGGAAGAAAGCUCGAGGGUUUGUUCUCCAAAAGAUGGGAAAAAUAAUAGUUAUGCCCUUUCUCCAUUUAAAAGUAAAGUUCAUAAUUUAAAGUCCCAGAAAGAUAUUGUUAAGUUCAGAGGUGAGCGGAGGGAAUCAAGGGGAGAUUCAAAAUCAAAGGGGAUGGACACCCGAGUGAUUCUAUUGCAGAGUUCUUCUGGUGAUACUCAAAAGGACUCUGCCCACAAGGGUGAUGAAAGAGAACUCAAGGCAUUCUUUGACAAAUCAAAAGGAAGAUUACAAACUAAAAAAGGUGAUAAGAAGUUGACGUCAGAAGAUAUUGUGAAAGAGGCUCCAAAUGCUGGCACUUCUUUAUUAAGAGAUGGACUCACUUCUGAGACAGCACCGGUAACAGUGCCUGCUGUUGUUAUACAAGACAAUUGGGUCUGUUGUGACAGUUGUGAGAAGUGGCGACUUCUCCCAUUUGGUACAACACCAGAGCAGCUCCCGGAAAAGUGGCUGUGUAGCAUGCUAGAUUGGCUGCCUGGAAUGAACCGGUGUGACAUCAGUGAGGAGGAGACAACAAAGGCUCUCAAUGCACUGUACCAACUUCCACUUCCUGAGAAUCAAAAUAACACACACAAUCAUGCCAAUGGAACUGCAUUUGGAAUAAUGACAGCUGAUACGCAACAGCUUGACCAAAACCACCAUAAUUUCAGUUCUAAUGCCAUGCAUAAUAAAGUAAAGAAGAAACAUGGGUCAAAGGAAAUACCGAGGAGUCGUCAACAUGAAUCUUUGAAAAGCAGGAUCUUAAAUGAUGUGAACUUGUCUCAUUCUGAAUCAAAUUUGAUGAAAAAAUCUAGUUUUCAGCAUUCAAGUAUGUCACACUACUUGGCCAAUGAAAAACUUGUUCAUAAACCGAAAGCGAAUCAGAUCAAUGGAGGUGCAAAGCAAACAGGGGGGAAGAACAAGAGGGAAGCUGAUCAAAUUGUAUAUGGAGCUUCCAAGAAAACCAAGACAGAGGGUGCAUUCUGUACUGACAAACAUCAGAACUCUGAACUUGAUGGGAAGCUUGAGGGGGUGGAUUACAGUUCUGGUUCUGCUUUGGCAAAAAAGACAACUGGGAAGGUUACGCAGCAGCAUAAUGAAUACUCUUAUUCCAAGGAUGCGAAGGGAACACUACUAGGGAAAAGAGGGGGAGACAAGGCUCAUGUUUCCUUGAAUGGUGGUCCAGUACACAGAGAAACAUGCAAUAAAGUGGAUAUUUAUGCGAAGAAGAGGAAAUUAAAGGACUGGAAAGAUGAGCAGAAUUAUGCAGAGACAGCUCAGAUUGUGCGGUGUCAUAUCCCAGACACCAAGGCUUCUAUGAAGGAGGAGAGUGGUGAGAGUGAAUUCAGGAAUGGGAGGAAGUGCAGGGUGUCUAAGAUGAAGGGAAAGGAGUCCAGUACAAGUAAGGGUGAUGAUAUAUCAACCAGAAAAGGUCGAGCGAUCCGAGCCCCCAUGUCAGGUGGUAUAGUUCAUCCACUUGAUGGUACAGAAGAAGUAAAAAAUAUCAAGAAGGACCAAUGGCACAAGAAAAAUGGAAAUGUUUUAUCUCAACGAGUCCUGGAUGGUGUAGAUAUGAAAAGGGAUUUGGGAUCUGGGCAAGCUUCAACCAUUGCCACUUCAAGCUCUUCAAUGGUUUCUGGUUCUUGUAAAAGUAGAGCUAGUUUUCAAGAAGCAAAAGGCUCUCCUGUAGAAUCUGUUUCCUCUUCUCCAUUUAAAACUUCCAAUCUAGACAGCUGUACACCGACAAGAAUGGAACUUUUAGGUAAAGUUGAUGCUGCAAGGAAGGACAAAGUCUCUUCUCUCACUUGUAUUGAAUCCCUUGAAUUUCCUGCACUCGAUUAUCAGGACACUGAAGGUAACAAAAAAUUCAGUGGCACUACUAGGUUAAAUGGUGAAACUUGUUCUGAAAAUGGUAAUAGCCAUUUGGUGAAUAAUCGUCCUUUUAACCCAGAACAUGGUCGGGACUCUAAUGAUAUGCAUUCUGUGGAGCAUUGCUACAAGGAAGAAAGAUUAACUCGGAACCAUUGCCCGGAGAAUGUGUUUUCGAAGAAAUCUCAAAAUGGCUGCUUGGUACAGUCCAAACACAGGGACAGAAGUUAUACAUCUGAUUAUAGCGGAGACAAGUUGAAGGUUUCUGACCCACCAAGUGAGCAGGAAGAAAUGUAUCCUCAGAAGAGCCUGAAGUAUGAUUCAGGUUCAGGGAUUGACUCCCACCGUCUUGCUCCAUUCUCUGAAAUAGAAACUGAUGUCAGUCACAGUUGUCCUGAACAGCCUAAAGUUAAUAAUAACAAGGAUGAGAAGAAUCAUCAUAGUAAGAAGGAUUCUCUAGGAAAAUGUUCAAACAGUAAUAGGAGAGGAAAUCAGUUAAAAUUUGGAGUGCAUGAUGGUUCAGAUGCUAAACCAGGUGCUUUACAUUGUGCAAAUGAACAAGGUUCCCUGCAGCGGAACCUGAUUCAGAAUAGCAAGGCUGAAAUAUCUUCUAACCAGUUUCCUGGGAAGAAAACCAAUCCUAUGCAAAUGGAAUUGAAGGAUGGGAAGUUACAAAUAAACCUUCAAUACGAAGAUAAAAGAGAAACAUUGGCUCGGCGUUCCCAAUCAGUGCUAGGGUCCCAGAAAGGAGGAUCCUUUGAAGCAGUUUCAGCUGAUGUCUCUGUCAGUGGCGAUGUGUCUAAGGUGUUGAAACAGCAUGGCUAUGCUGGUAAUGAGAGUGGACUGCACUGUCAUUUAGGGCAUCUUCCAGCUAAUCAGCAUAGGUUGAGGGAUGUCAGUGCCCUAAAUCCAUUGAGAAAGGGUUCUUCUUCGCAGAAUGCCACUGAUGCUCUGAUAAAAGCAAAACAUCUCCGUGACUAUGCUGAUCGUCUCAAGAGCUCUGGGUUUGCUUUUGAAAGUAAUGAAAUGUACUUUCAAUCUGCUUUACAAUUUCUUCGUGGUGCUUCACUUAUGGAAACUUCCAACGGUGAGAGUGACAAACAUGGGGACAUGACUCCAAUGCAAAUGUAUGGUGCUACUGCUGAAAUUUGUGAAUCCUGUGCCCAUGAAUAUGAGAGACGCGAAGAAAUGGCUGCUGCUUCCCUGGCCUAUAAAUGCAUAGAGGUGGCAUACAUGAGGGUGGUUUAUUGCAAACAUUCCAGUACAGGCAGAGAUCGGCAUGAAUUGCAAGCAACUCUACAAAUGAUACCUCAUGGUGAAUCUCCAUCAUCUUCUGCGUCAGAUGUUGAUAACUUGUACAAUCAACCAGCAGUGGAUAAGUCUGCUGUAUCAAAGGGUAUCAGUUCUCAUAUUGCUGGAAACCAUGUCAUUGUUGCUCGAAACCGCCCCAAUUUCAUUCGGCUCCUUGACUUUACACAGCACGUAAAUUUUGCAAUGGAGGCUUCAAGAAAAUCACAGAAUGCUUUUGCAGCUGCUAAUGAAACCCUAGAAGAGUCACAGAACGAGGGGAUCUCUUCUGUUAAAAAGGUCAUUGAUUUCAGCUUUCAAGAUGUAGAAGAACUCGUAAAUUUGGUUCAGCUUGCAAUGGGGGCCAUCAGCCGUUCAGGUUUCGGUGGAAGUAGAGAUUAAGAGCCCUGUAUAUAUUCUUAUUUUUCUGGUCCAUUUCCCCCAAUCAGCUGGCAUCAGGAAAAAUAUUAGGGGAUAGGAAGCCUUUGAAGACUUGCAGCUUGGCUUCCCAAGAAGAGACAGGUCUUUGAGAGCUCGUUACUUCUCUGUACAUGUGUACAAAGUGAGAUUGAUUUGAAAAUUUUGUUAUGUAUUCUUUGAAUGUUCAGCUUAAUCUUGACUUGGAUAAGGGCAUGGCAUGCCCAACCUAAAGUUUCGUUGGUUGGGAAAAAGAGAUGCAGUUCUUACUGGUUCAGAAACAAAUCUGGAGGUUGUGUAAUAUUGCAGUUUUAUUUUUUUUAUUUUUAUUAUUUUUUUCUUUUUUACGAAAAUUUUUGGCUCCAUUUAUUUGGAGCUAAAGGGAGAAAUAUUUAGAGAUCGAAAAUGCUAGGCAACUGAUUCGAGGAGAUUGGUUUCUAAUAUAGUUAUGACCUUUCAAUUUUCUCAA